AUGGUGUGUGUGUCCUUAACUACAGUAUCGUUACUGACUUGCGCAUUCAACAUCUCAGCAUACAAGACAUCUCACAUUCAACAUCUCAGCAUACGAGGCAGUCAUCGUCACCGGCGUGCACCUGGGAGUCGACUUCAACGCAACCACCAAAUGCAUGCAGCAUGGUAUUCGCAAAUGUCUUACCUCACGGAUGCUUAUUUACAGUGGAAGCAUGAUAAGCCUGAUGAGGUGCAUGCUGACCAGCCACGCGCCUCCAAGUUUCAUGUUUCAACCGUUGAUAUCACAUGUUACAUGCACGUCAAGCCCAUUAUUCAGGCCCAUGAAGAACUGGCCAACGUCUCACUCUUGAAGCUGGGCUUCUUCGGCUGUUCACCACUUCAACCCACGGUCACUGUUUCAUUGCACUGCCUCAAGUUGUAUCAUCAAAUCCGCCAUCAAAAACCUUCGUUCAGUGUCCAAGCAAUGGUGAAGGUUUUGUGUGCCCUCCACAACGUAAUUCAUACAUAUUUUCAAUCGCUUCGAGACCAAUUUGCCAUUGCAUUUGAUGUGUAUCUUGGCAUUUUACGUUCCGUCAAAGGCCUUGUGGAUGAGGCUCUUCAACAUGACUCUGUGAAUUGGCGCAUGUUGCAUGCGUGCCCACCGUGUAACUACAAGCAACCUGAUGAACCGCUGCUUUAUCCUGCUCGCCUCAAUUCCUUCGAUGGUAACAACUCACUGAAAUGCAUUGAUGGCUCUGGUCAUGCUGAUGAACGACUCUUCAAAUCUUUGUACUUCAUACAUCCGGCCAACAUCAAGUUAUUCAAAGAUGAUGUCCGACUUCGCCCAGGCACACAUCUUCCUCCCGAAAGCAGGCAGACAAACAAUUCGGAAGCUUCACAUGACUCAUUGUGCACUGAAAACUGGAAAGCUGCGAAUGCUGUCACUGAAAAGACGAUCAAUGUGUUUGAUCAAACCGGCGUCUUUGUUAGUGCAUGCUGCCAUGGUAUUAUUCAGACUGUUGUUGAGAUGAGACAGAGCGGUGAACUGUACGUGCACUGUCAUUUGAUUAUUACUCUGUCUGAAUUUUGA